AUGACUCGUUUCAGCAGAGUUUUAGUACAGUUGGAGGACGCAAGUCCGGAAAUAUGUGUGGCGGCCUUCAAAAACAAGCUCAGGUGUGGCUCGUUGAACAAAGACUUAACCAGAAGACCCUCCAAGGACAUGAUGGACUUGUGUGCUAGAGCACAGGAAUUCAUCUUGGUAGAGCAAGAUGAGCAAACCAAAAAAGAUAGUGACAACUGGCGUACCCAACCUGAAGUUACAACAGAGAGGGGGCGUGAUUCGAAAGAUCAGCGCCCAGCUCAAAUACCGCGCCAACCUAGGUUGGCGCCCUACUCUUCAGGCAGGCAAGGGCCACAAAUUACGGGACACACUACGGAUAAUUGCUGGACUUUACGCAAGGAGAUUGAGAGAUUGAUCAAAGCAGGGCACCUGGCAAACUUUGUCUCAGGAGAAAACACACAGUCAGAGGCAGUCAAGGCUGCCGGGGGCAGAUCAUCAAAAGGAAAGGAGGGAGUAGAGGAUUUGGGAGCACCCGCUGGGUCAUGCUCGUCAAUCGCUGGAGGCUUUGGCAGUGGGCGUUUAUCUUGUAGAGGGCGAAAAAGAUAUGUAGAGGCGAUAAAUUCGGUACACAAAGCUUAUGAAGGGGAGUGUUGGUUGAAUCACACUCCUAUCACUUUCUCGCCUAAGGAUUUUGAUCAUGUGACGCCACAUGACAACGAUCCAAUAGUGGUGACUUUGCGAGUGAACAACUAUGUUACUAAGAAAGUCUUUUUGGACCAAGGUAGUUCUGCGAACAUCAUUUAUGGCGAUGCAUUUGAAAGGUUGGGCUUAAAGGAGUCCGACUUGAAACCAUAUACAGGGUGUUUGGUUGGAUUCACCAGCGAUCAGGCCAAGGUCAGAGGAUAUGUGGAACUGGCAACAACUUUUGGUGAGGGGGGAUUUGUGAAAAAGUUUCAAGUGAAGUAUUUAGUGCUUCCAUGCAGGGCGAAAUACAAUGUACUUCUUGGGCGUGAUACUUUAAACAAAAUAUGUGCAAUAAUCUCCACCGCCCAUUUAACAGUAAAGUAUCGAGCUAGUAAUGGCAAAAUUGGAAUUUUAAGGGUGGAUCAGGAGGCUGUAAGAGCAUGUUAUGCUCAAAGUCUGGCCCUUUAUGGCAAGAGAGCGGCCAAGGAAAGUCAUCGUGUUACGCAAAUCUUUCCACACGAAGAUUUUAACUUGGAUCCUCGUGAUGACUCAGGGGAAUUGCGACCUCAGCCUGCGGAGGAGACAAAAUCCAUUCAAGUGUCUGGGCGAGCUUUGAAAAUUGGAAGCACCUAG